AUGGCAAAUGAGGUGGGUUGUAAACCGGAUACCACCCCAUUUAAGUACCUUGGUUUGAAUGUUGGCGCCAAUAUGAACCGUAUUAUCAACUGGCAUCCGGUGUAUGAGAUUUUUCGGGCUUGUCUCUCCAAGUGGAAAGCUAAGCUCUUGUCUAUUGGGGGUAGGGUGGUGUUGAUCAAGUCGGUAAUGGAGAGUCUUCCUAAUUACUAUUUCUCCCUCUAUAAAGCUCCUAACAAAGUGAUCACGAAUUUGGAAGCUAUGAUUAAAAGAUUCUUAUGGGGGGGAUCCAUUGAAGAAAGAAAGAUGCAUUGGGUGGCUUGGGACCGUGUCUCUUGCCAUAAGAAAGAAGGAGGUUUAGGAUUGAAGAAGCUUAAAGAAAUUAACACGACUCUUUUAAUCAAAUGGGAUGGAGGUACAAAACGGAAAACAAUAGUCUUUGGAAGAGAGUUAUUGAUGCGAUCCAUUUUAGUCGGGUGGGGUGGGAGUGUAUCCUUUUCAAGAAAAGCUUCAAUGGGGUUUGGAACAAUAUCGCGAAGUUAUUUAUUAAUACCAAGGCUGGGAAUUUUCCUCUUCGGAACCUUAUCAAAGCUUCUUGCCAUUUUGGUCGAUGUUCGCGUUACAAGUGAGGCCGAUAGGUGGAGGUGGACCUCCGAUUCAUCUGGAUCGUUCUCGGUUAAGUCGGUAAAGAAGCUUCUCUAUGAGGCCGUAGACACCGAAAACAGGUACAUUUUAGAUUGGUGUAAAUGGGCGGCCGCUAAAGUUAAUAUCCACUCGUGGAGGAUGGAAAUGGAAAAGAUCCCGACCGGUGUGGCUUUAAAGUAUAGGAACGUUCAGAUUGGUGACCCCUUAUGCCCUCUUUGCGGCUCGAAUGAAGAAUCAGUGGAACGUAUAUUCAUCGCUUGUCAAGUUGCUUCGGUGAUAUGGAACGGUGUUAGCUCAUGGUGCAAGAUUCCGAAUAUCUUUGCUUUUUCUAUUAGAGACCUCCUCAGAAUCCACAAGGAGAUUUCGGCUUCGGAGUGUAAGAAAGAAGCAGUCCAAAGUAUCAUCAUGAUCGGAUGUUGGAGCUUAUGGCGUGCCAGAAAUAAUCUGAUUUUCUCGAAUAAGGAAAUAAAAAUAGAUAGAAUCAUGAGCUAA